GUCCAGGUGCAUGAAAGGGCAUUAAGAUGUCAUUCCGUUUUGGGCAGCACCUCAUCAAACCCUCUGUUGUGUUUCUGAAGACGGAACUAUCCUUUGCACUUGUGAACCGGAAGCCUGUGGUUCCGGGUCAUGUUCUCAUUUGCCCACUCCGCCCUGUGGAACGAUUCCGCGAUCUGCGCCCUGAAGAAGUAGCUGAUUUAUUUCGCACAACACAGCUGGUUGGAAAUGUAGUGGAGCAACAUUUUGGUGGGACUUCACUCACCAUUUCCAUUCAGGACGGUCCUGAAGCUGGACAGACUGUGAAGCAUGUCCAUGUCCACGUACUUCCAAGGAAGGCUGGAGACUUCAGCAGAAAUGAUGAAAUCUAUCAUGAGCUCCAGCAUCACGAUAAAGAGGCGGAGGAUUCCCCCAGCAAGUGGAGAUCUGACGACGAAAUGGCCGUGGAAGCAGCAAGCCUCGAGAAGUAUUUUAAGUGAAAACAUGAGGCAACAAAGCACCUUUGGCGAAGUCUGGCUGAGGCAGAAGACAAUGGAGGAAACCAGAUGCCCUCCCUCCCUGCAAACCCCAAUCUUUCCGGGACCUAAAGCUCAGGAGAUGUCAAUAUAUUCUGCAGAGAUGCUGGAUUCUUUCACAGGACGCUUUAUUAACCUCACCUAAGGGUUGUUUCGGCAAAGAUGCUUGAUAGUUUGCAUAUCGCAGAGAAUGCAUUGAAGUUGUUGCUUUAAUUUUCUAUGAAAAUAAAAAAUAAUAAUAAUCUGUUCCUUGGCCGAAAACAAAU